AUGGCCAAGACAUUAAUCUCACUGGUUCUCUCUCUCUCCUCAGCUCGCUGCAUCCUCUUCCUGAUCAUCUGGUUGGUGACUGGUGGGCGCCAUCACUUCUGGUUCCUCCCCAACCUGACAGCAGACGUGGGUUUCAUCGACUCAUUCCGGCCACUCUACACACACGAGUACAAAGGGCCACGGGCCAGUAGCAGGAAAGGCUCCGACAAGACGGACGACAAGACAGACGUCAAGGACGGCACCACGUCCACCAAGGCUCAGAAAUCAGACAGCGACGACAAAUCAGACGGCGAGAAGAAGGACGGGGACGACGACGAAGAGGAGGAGGAAGAGGAGGAGAGCAAAGGGGCAGGACAAGAGGAGAGCAAAGAAGCAGAGAUGGAGGAAACGGGGACGGACCGCCAGUCGGACACGGACAGCGACCGGCGUGAGGACGAAGGCUCGCAGCACAGCAACGGGAACGACUUUGAGAUGAUUACCAGAGAAGAGUUGGAGCAGCACACAGAGGGGGAGGAGGAGGAGGAGGAAGAAGAAGACGACGAGAAAGAAGACAACAACGACGAGACACAACAGAGGGAAGAAGACGGUGGGAAUGAGACUAAAGGCCAGACUGCUGAAACAUAAACUUCUAACAAUCCCAUCACUCUCUACUUUUCUGUCUCUGUCUCAGUACCUUCCUCCCUCCUGUGAUCCAGGACCCGUCUGGUUCCAGUCUCUAAUUUGAGAGUCUUCAUCUCUUCUUGUUGGGAUUCCACCAAAUGGUACCAACAGACCAGAGACCAGGGUAGACACAACAUUUAAAAGUCAAUGGCCACAAACGAAGGCAGAAAAUAUUCAACAACUGAAACUUUCAGAGAAAGGAAAUGACAGAAGAAGCCUUAUCACGGAUUUGAUUCCUCGCACUUAAACAUGAUUUAUGUUCAAAUAAAAACUGCCACCGGACAUGUUUGCCUGAGGAAGUUGUCAACAAAAAAAAAAACAUCACACCAACAACUUUGUCCUUUCAACUCCAAAUAUUUUAUUUAUGCCCCAUCUCUACAUUUAAUCUGACAUGUUUUGGAGGUGAGGUCAAAUCCAAAAGUGAGAGCUGUGGUGCUGAACAGUAAGAGAAGACAUGUGCUGCCACUUUUCACUGUCCUUGCUUUUUUUUUUAAUGUUUUCAUUACCAUCUUUGAGCUCCAUGUCACUGAUACAAUCACAUCCUGUUUGAUAGCUUUCUCAGGCGGCAACACUUGGCAGCAAGCUGACCCACGCGCGCGUCAGCUUUGUAACAAAGCCGGGUGGGUGGACCAAAUCCUAUAGUUUACUAUGAAAAUGAGAAAAAAACUAAAUCAACCAUAUUGUUCCCGGAUAGAGUAUAUGUGAAAGAUCAGAGUAGCACGGCUCUUUGAGGUACUAACUUUCAUUGUUUUGUUUUUUUAAAUUAAUGGUUCAUAAUCCCAGUCUGAAAUAUGUCUCGUUCAUGUUUAACAAUUAUAAUAAUAACAAUAUGGGACUUGUGUCUCAAGUGUGAGCGACUGGGUCACAGCUGCCACACGUCAUUUUGUUUUUCAAAAAAAAAAAAAUUAUGGCAUUUUAAGAAGAUAACUCAUGAACAGAGACGCAGAAAAAGUGCCAAACACUAACUGCACAUACAGUGAUGGAUGUGAUGCAUGCUGAUUUAACAGGGAGGGAGUGCAGUGUCAAACUCAACUUUGACAGCAGCAGGUUGUUUGUGUGUAGGUUAAAAAAAACAAAGAUUAUUGGUCUCAAUGAAACCGUUGGUGUUCACAUCUAAACCCGUAAAAAAAAAAGCUGUUGUGUGAAAAUAGUGGGCGUUGUUCCCUUCCUCGUGGCUCCAAGCUGUUUCUUCACAUCUUCCUCUGGGUAGAAAGUGUUUUCUUCUGUAGUCAUAGUGAGGAUUAUAUUUAAGUAUAUUAAAAAUAAAAAAAAUAGAAAUUUAUCAUUUAUAUAUGGAUUAUAUUGACAUCAAAUAAAUACAGUAACAAACUAUAAAACCGCUCUCUUCUUUUGUACUGGGAAAAAAUUAUUUUACUCUUAUUAUAAUACUUGUUUUUUUUAUAUAUAUAUGUUUAAGGGUGUACUCGUUAUCUAAAGGCAUCGUCUAUGAUUAGAAAACCAUGGGAAUAUUAGAAAUUGUCUUUAAUUCUUUUACUUUAUUUGUUACUGUGAUGUUGAAUGUGUCAUGAGGUCGGUGGUGCUCAGCCACAGCUGCACUUCUCUCACCAACAGUAGUCAGUCAUUAACCCCCGAGGUUAUAAAACGAGUGACUUGUGUAACAGCGCAGUCUGCCAUUUCCUACGCUAAUAAAAACACAAUAUGUUUAAAAAAAAGACUUUGCGUACGCUCACCUCAACUGUAUUCAGUAGUUUGUUUUCCUGCUCUCGUUUAUUUUCUUUCAUUCCACACAUGGGCAAAGUGCAUCUCUGUGUCCUCUCGAUUCCUAAAAGAGAGAAAAUAACUCCCCACUUGUUCUUGACUGUUAUCAGUCUGUUGUAUAUCGUACUAUUAUUAUUACGUCUCUAUGCUGCUGCUGCUGCUUCUCAUCGCACAUUUCUAGGGGAAAUAAAAAUGUUUUAUCUCUGGUCUUUGGAUCACCUUCGCCGUUCUGAAGACUGUCUCACACAAUAUUGGAGUAUAAUUUAAUAAAAAAACAACAAAUGGA